CAGACACACACAAGUAAUACAGACACUUUGGGAACCCCACUGACUUAGCAGACCACCACCAGACUGACAGACUUUCACCAAAAUGGUGAGACAGCGACAGCCUGCGUCCAAGCUCCACCGGCACUGUGAGAGCUGCUACAGCCGGCGCUGCAAAGCGCCCGUGGAGAUCGCCGUGUCCUGCGUCAUCAUCAGCUGCCGGGCUAUGUGCGGUGCCACUUUCCACGUGUGCAAGGAGGAGGAGCACGCCCUGCUGUGCCCCAAUGAGAUGGUGCCCUGCAUCAACGCCCCCUUCGGAUGCCCCUUCACCAUGUGCCGCUCCCGGCUGGCACAGCACCUGCCGUCGUGUCCUGCCAGUGUCAUCUCCUGCUCCAUGGAGUGGAAUCGCUGGCCUGUGGAGGACAUACACCAGACCUUCUACGAGAACCUUGUGAAGGACAACCAGGGCCAGAACGCCACAGCACUGGACUACAGCAUGGCCCUGCGGGACCAGGAGCACCUCUUCCAGUCUCUCAAGAUGAAGGCCAUCUUCCCCGAGCUCAUCGAGAAGGUGGCCGGCCAAGAGGAGGAGGAGGAGCAGCCUUCUCCAGUGGCGGAGGAGGAUGAGGGGCUGGAGGGAGCCGUGGGUGGUGGGGCGUGUGGUGGCGGAUCAGAUGCUGGGGUGCCCGGGACGAGCGGGGGUGGGGGGAAGGCUGAUUAUGUCCCCAUGGAAGGAGAGCUUACUCAGGAGGAGCGUUUGGCUUUAGCCAGGGGCGAGGGGCACAAGGUGGACUUCACCAACUACAACGUCUGGGAGAGGAUGUUCAGCAUGGAGCUGAGCGGUUGCAAGCAGGCAAUGAAAAAUUUGGAACAAAGAAACGCUGCGGCUGCCCAACAACAGCAGGCAAGAACGCCUGACCAGGGGAGGCGUUUGGAGGCGCUGGAGGAAGAACCUGAGGCGAGCUCGGAGGACGAGUGUGACGAUGAUGAUAAUGAUGCUGACGCAGCCCCCCGAAUAGAUGAGAAGUUUUUGGUGGCGGCGUCCAUCUUCGCGUGCCAAAUCACCGCUCGCAAGAGGCUUGUCUACCAAAACGCCAAGAAGACCGAGAUCAAAACAUGUCGCCCGUUCAUCAUCCCCUCCACCUUCACGGCCAGGUUGAACCGCAUCCGAAACGCCACCGAGAAGAGGAAGGAGAGCAAGGCUACGGACACCUCGGACCUGGGAGUGGACCCGGACGACAUGCCCAGGUGGGACGAGGUGCAGGCCACCCUCCUGUGCUCCCUGGAGAAGGAGCUUCGGGGUCACCUCAUUGCUGAGUCCUCGUGCAGCGAUCCCCUCUUCAUCAACAUGGGCACGCAGACCUACGACUUCUACUCCGCCCCCUUCCAGCCGAGGGACACGCUGGCCACCUUCACCGUGGACCGGGACCUGAGCUUCCACGUCCAGAUCGAGGAGGAGAGCGUGACGGCCAAGCACAACAAGCACAGCUCGGCCUUCACCUUCCUCUGCAGCCAGCUGUUCCGCCGCGACGAGUUCGCCUCGCACUUCCGCAACGUCCACGCCGACAUCCAGAGCAAUGUCAGCGGCUGGUUCGAGCAGCGCUGUCCCCUGGCCUACCAGGGCUGCACCUUCGUCCAGAGGCGGCUGCGCCCGGCCGGACCGAAGGCCACCGUGUCCUACGACAGGGACACCAGCUCGUUCACCAUCAGGCCCGAGGUGGCGUCGACCUUGUGCCUUGAGGGCGCGUCGAAGGCGACGACGACGUCGGAACGGAAGAGGGCGCGGAACACGGACUCGCUCAGCAGCCUGCCCUUUGAGGUGCUGGUACACAUGGCCGAGUUCCUGGACAGCUACUCGCUGUCGCAGCUGGCGCUGGUGUCCAAGUACAUGAGGGACGUGAGCGCCACCCUGCUGCACGACAGGGGCAUGGUGUCGCUGAAGUGGGAGAAGAAGGUGUACUCCACCGGCGGGUCCUGCUGGAAAGCAAAGAAGGUGGUGUGGCAAUACAGCAACUGCUUCUCCAGCGUGGACCAUUGGUGCUUUGCCGAUUUUCCCUCCAUAUCUGAGCACCUGAAGGUCUGUCCUCACUAUGAGGCUGAGAACAGAAAGGACCCUGUGGCACUGACAGGAAUAUUCGAUGCUGAGGACGACACAGACAGGAAGCAGGGCCUAGUCUCUAUGUUUUUGAGACCAGGUUUAUAGGGUGUUGAUGUUGAUAUUGAUAUUGAUAUUGAAUUGAUACUGGUCUAUCAAUGUUAGUGAUAAUCAGAUGUGUCUGUCCUGAUGUCUGAAAGUCAGGCUACAUAUGAACCAUCUGUCACUAACAGGUCAGCUAAUUAAGGUGGGGAUGUCAUUUGAAAAUUUACAUUACAGUUCAGUUGGCACACAUACACCGUUCAUAUACAGAUACGUGUCGUUAUGGAAUGGAAUUGAUGUGUGUCGCAGGAUUUAUGGGUGGACCCAGGCUAGUGUAGUCUCUAAGCUCACAGCAUACAACAGAAGAUGAGCACAGGCACAUGUUAACAAUGGGAAUAACUGUGAAAUGGGCCUAGCUUGAAGUGUGUGCAUGCACAAUUGAAGUCCAUUAAAAAAAAGAAUGUUUUGAUUAUUUCCCCCGUAAUGACGCGUUUUGACAACCCCCCCUUCUGUAUCCUUAAUGACGAGUUUUCCCAACCCUAUGAACGGCUUCAGGAUUUUUUUCCCGAAGUUCACCAAAGUGACCAAUGGUAAUGAAUACCAAAAAAAAAUAGAUAGGUACUAAUACAAAUGUCUAUGUUUCAGGCAUAUUGGUAGAGUGUAACAUUAACAUGUUAUCAUAUGAGCUGUUUCACUUGUAAUACUUCAAGGUUAGCCUUGCAAUGUUCUUCAAGGGUGGUUCUAUAAGGAGUUGUAUGGGGGAAAGAGUUAAGUUGCAACUGCAACUUCGUCCCAGAUUUUGGUUUUGGCCCACUGCGAAUUUGAGUCUGACACCCCCUGUGAUUACUGCACUACCACUACUACCACUAAGAUUCAACUCAGGUGAUAGCUAAGGUUCACAUUUAUCAGCUUUUAGGAACGGCCGGUACUUUUGUUUGUCAUAAAAUAUGUGUUCCUGUGAAGAAUCUGUGAUAUUAUACUUAGAGAACCACACUACCCAGCCUUGCACAUCGUGUCAUGUUUGUGGAUUGCUGAUAUUCACCUUUAUAUUGUAUAUAUGCUAUUUUGGUGUUUGGGUUAUGGUUGUUUUGUUUAGCUAACAAGUGUUAAAAUGAUUAAAGUUGUGAUGAAACCACAA